AUGUUCAUCGGCAUUAAUGAUGGAGGAACAUCAACAACAAGUAUCAAUGGCCAAUUUGUUUUUUCUCAACUACUUAUCGAUUGUCUUCUUCGAUUAACAUCCAAUGAGAUGGAUAAAAAUGAAUUAAUCGAUUAUUACGAGAAAGCAUACGAAGGAAAUCAUGCUGAACUCGAUAAGCUUAAUGAAUUUCAAAAAGAAUAUUCACCUGAAAAGGCUUUAUGGUGGUAUACUCGUGAAUCAUUCUUCUAUAAGACCCUAAACGCAGCUCUACGUAAGCAGACUAUUGACAUGAUGUUCUUGUAUCGUUCGUACAUUUCUGAUAUACAUCGGCAAUUACAACAUCAUCAAUCAAUGUAUCCUAUUCAAGUUUAUCGGAGCCAGUUGAUGUCGAAUAGAGAGCUAAAUUACCUUCAGCAGCAAAAAGGUCAACUUGUUUCUGUAAAUUCGUUUCUCUCUACCUCUACUGAUCGUAAAGUAGCUGACAUCUAUACGGGUGGAACAACUCAGUACAAUAAUUUAGAACGAGUUUUAUUUGAGAUUGAUGCUGAUCCUAAAGUGGUCACAGCAAAACCUUUUGCUGAUAUUAGCAGACUUAGUCAUUUCUCUGUGGAAUCAGAGGUAUUGUUUAUGCUUGGCUCGAUUUUUCGUAUUGAAUCCAUCAAUUGUACCGAUGAUCAGCUCUGGAUUAUUCAUAUGUCCUUAUGCCGUGAGGACGAUCACGAUUUGAAGGAAGUUCUUGAAUAUAUGAAGAAACAAAAUGGUAUUGAACAGACGAAUCUAUGUUCAUGGAGCAAGAUCCUAUUAAAGAUGGGCAAAUUCGAUCUGGCGAAAAAGUACUAUAUUCGUUGUGUCAAUGAACUUUUGGAUAAAGAUCCUUUACUUCUCAUGGCAUAUGAAGGACUUGCUGACAUUGCCUAUCAACAAAAUGACUAUGAUGAAACUAUAAAAUGGCAGCAAAAAUUAAAUGAUUUCAAAGAUCGAAUGACACCAGUACCGACUUGUACGGAUGGUGUUAAGAACCAAGAUGAAACCGAUGUGGAUUGCGGUGGUGCAAACUGCUCGAAAAUAUGCUUACCUCAGCAAGGUUGUCAUACAUUUGCAGAUGAAUUCAAUCAAAACGGCGGGGUAGAUAUGAGUAAAUGGAAAUUCGACGUUAUACCUAAGAACCGGACUUAUGGAAAUAUUAUGUGGCCAGACAAUGGUGCAAUUUAUUUGAUGGCACACCUUGGACAUGACUGGACAACAGUUACUGCUGGCAUUGCUACAAAGUCGAACAAUGGGGAAUGGAACGCGGUUGAAGUCAGUAAUGCAACAAUAGAAUAUAUGAUUUAUACGCUUCAAUGGGAACCAGACAAAAUGGAAAUGUUUGUCGGUUCCAAUGAAAAACAAGCACUUCUGACACGUUUCUUCGUUUGGGAAAAGAAAAAUAAAGAUUGGACACAAUGGCCAUUUGAUAAACCGUUCCGUAUACAUAUGAAUCUCGCCGUUGGUGGAAGCGCAGGUGGUAGACACGGUAUUGAUGAAGGAGCCUUUCCUCAAAGAAUGGAAAUCGAUUGGGUUCGUUUCGAUGAACAAUAG